UGAUGAGAAUGCCAGGGCUGCAGCACCAGACUAAAGACACAGGUACCCAGACUGAAGAUAUCUAGAGAGUAGAAUAUUCUACAGUAUGUAUCAGCACUUCCAUGAGAAAAUGUUUCCCUCGUGCUUCUGCAGCAGCUGAACAAUUGGAGCAGCUCAACACAAAGCCACACACAACAUCAGUACAAAAAUACAAAUACAUAGAAGGGAAAAAUUCACAGAACACAGCACAUUUUGACAUCACUUAGAAAGAAUAUCAUAUGAUCUAAAGGGACAUUUACAGGAAUGGCAAGAACACCAGAUUGUCAUCAUGAAGCUGGUGAGCUGCCAUGUAUAUUUGAGAAGUAGCACUCAACAACCACUGUAUGGCUUUGUUACCUGUACACUUUCUUCACUGAAACAUACAAAAAUUUAAUCUGCUGUUUACGGUUUCCUGCAAGGUUUUGACUGCAUAGAUUGUACACAAAAAACUAACACUGUAUGCAGCACAGUGCCACUUGAAUAGCAACACAAGGAGGGAAGGAGGGAGGCGGAGGCCCACCCAGGCAAGUAUUUCGCACAACACACAACUUGCAUGUUAAUUUAUUGAAAAAUAAAGGAAAACAUAGCAUAUGUAUAUAGAGCAUUUUUUAUUUAGAAUUAUAUAUAUAUAUAUAUAUAUAUAUACCUUAAUUUGCAGGACACCCUGUACAUCAAACAUACACAUAUACAUGCAGUCAGGUCCCUAUUAAUUGCCUGCAUUAAAGUAAUAGAAGAAAAUUAUAGUGGGUCUCACUGGGAUGAGGCAGACCCCCAAAAAUUUAAACUAAAUGUUUUUAUAUAUACUUUAUUUGAGAACUUUAGAAACGCAAGUUCCUCCUUCAGGAUGAGCCAUCUCCGUUCUCACUUCUGACUGGAUGAGGGAAUUCAGUAAUAAUGUGCACUCUACAGCACUUCAUUUUUCUACAAUAACACAUCUAUUACCUUCAGCAGUAUGAAAGUAAUCUAUUCAUGUUAGACUAAAUGUCUUAUGACUAGGGCACAAAAUCCUGUGAGUGAGAAAAUGAAAUGAGUCACUCAGUAGUGCCUGUGACCCAUUUGAGGUCAAACAACCCAAGGGGAUUGAAUGGGACCCCAGGGAUUACACCACCACUGGCCAGACCAGUGCCUUCAGGUGAGGUGGUGGGGUGGCAGGCACACUGCUGUCAUAUCAAAUUGUCCAUAAACUGUAUUGUUUAAAAUAAGUUUUGCAUAUUUUUUCCUGGUUCAGAAUUAACUUCACUCUAAAGUGUGAGACUGAAAGAACAUAUGCAACAUGAGAAUAUACACAAUGAAUUCAAGCAAGGAACAGUACAGCAAGUAAUGGCAAUGCCUGGCAGGGCAGGGAAGAUUGGGGAUAUUCAAGGUCACAAUGUGACUAAGUUGUCUUUAAUGUAUGUGUGUGUGUGUGUGUGUGUAUGAGAGAGAGAGAGAGAGAGAGAGAGAGAGAGAGAGAGAGAGAGAGAGAGAGAGAGAGAGAGAGAGAGAGGACAUUCACUUUCAUACAAUCAAAUUAUGCUUUUCCUGACCCUUUUCUAUUUGCUUCUCCUGGUCCUUUUCUAUUUCCUUUCUUUUCUUUCCUUUUCUUUGACUUUUCCAUUGGUGGAGACUCAAGUAGGGGAUUAUUAUUAGCAUGUGGAGGACAGCCUCUGGGAGUCACCAAAUUCAUUGUAAACCUUCUGUCAUGGCCCAGGAAUCCAUCACCCAGUAAAGAUGAACCCAGGCCCUGAUCUUUCUCCACCUUGCAGAAGAGGCAUAUGUUUCUAAAGUUCUUAAAUAGAGUAUACCUACAACACAAAAAAAAGUUAUGCAUAUAAAUGAAGGUAACUUGAAAGGAAUUCAUAAAACGUCAAAAAGUUUAUGAAUAGAAACCAGUAAAGUACAUUAAUAAUCAACAGAAAAAACACACUAAGCUUUAUCACCCCUUAUCUUUCCCAGUUGGUAUUAACAUUCUCACCAUCUUACCAUGUUAAUUGGGUGCAAAGUUAUACCCUUAAUUACUAAAUGUAAAUGAGAAGAAACAUUAGUUUUCUAAUGAUGGAAGCAGGAACUAACUUAGCAUUAGUGGCAAGGUUGACAGUAGUGCCAGCAGUGGCCCACUCACUAGCAUUACUGCAGGUGGCAGGGCUGGUAGCAGCAGCGAUGACAGCUUGCUCACUAGCAUCACUGUGGGUGGCAAGAACAAAGCAAACUGACCCCUCAAUAUUAGAAAAGACUUGUGUUAGCAUAUUGCAUAUUAGUGGUGACCUGGACACAUAUAUACACACACACACACACAAUAAGUAUAUAUAUAUAUAUAUAUAUAUAUAUAUAUAUAUAUAUAUAUAUAUAUAUAUAUAUAUAUAUAUAUAUAUAUAUAUAUAUAUAUAUAUAUAUAUAUAUAUAUAAAAAAGCAAAAUAUUCUUAAUUUGAAUAGUUACAGUGAUUGGCUGCCAAAUAAUUUGUGUGCAGUCUGUUAUAAUGGACUUUCAAUUACGGAAGAUCCUGUAUAACUAACACCCCCCAAGAAAACAGAAAAACUGAUGAAAGCAAGAAAACUAUUUUGAUACAUUUAUAAAGGACUGAAAAGGACCCCCCCCACCUCUCUCUCUCUCUCUCUCUCUCUCUCUCUCUCUCUCUCUCUCUCUCUCUCUCUCUCUCUCUCUCUCUCUCUCCAUGAAGUGGAAUUGCAAUAGGUUUGCAACACUAUUUUGUAAUCAUUGUUUAUAGUUUUCAUUAUUAUUAUUAUUAUUAUUAUUAUUAUUAUUAUUAUUAUUAUUAUUAUUAUUAUUACUACUAUCAUUAUUAUUAUUAUCUUAUCAUUAUUGAAACAUAAUAUGUAGCUUACCUGCAAAAAGUAUCUUGUAAUGCAAAGUGGAUUAUCUUGUAUCACAACAUUCUUUCUUUACAUACAUUUGUCUGAAAGGAAAAUGUAAUACCAAAACAGUAAGCAGAAAGACAAUAUAUAUAUAUAUAUAUAUAUAUAUAUAUAUAUAUAUAUAUAUAUAUAUAUAUAUAUAUAUAUAUAUAUAUAUAUAUAUAUAUAUAUAUAUAUAUAUAUACCCUUCUUCAGUCAUUCAUUGAAGUAUGAGGAGGUUUUGAUUUUCAUUUAUAAAUUAUGAAAAAUGCAUAUCAUAUACAUACCUUGUAACUUAUGUUACCUGGACCGGUCAGCUUGGUGGAAUUCAGUGUCCCCUGGAAGGUACUGAUGAACCAACCACCAGAGCCAUCGUGUGUCAGGUUAUACAGUAGUUGACAACUUAUACCUAAUAUGUGAGUGCAACUUUAUUGUAGAAGCUUGUUUUGCAUUACUUUAUUGAUUAGAAACAAACUGUGUUAUGUAUGGAAGAUAUUAAUCUAACACUUCCUUGAAAAGGUGCAUUGACACAGUGUAGCAGCAUGAAGGCUGAUGUGCUGGUCACUUGUCUGUUCCAGUAGUCCACAUGCAAACUGUGUUGCCUUUGUGCCUGAUUUGGAAGAGCAAGUAAGAUGUACAGUGUACAUGCAAGUCUUAUACCAAUAAGUUAUGAAGGUAGUGAGAUAACUGUACAGCAUAAAUAAGUAUAUAGAUAUAUACAGUAUAUAUAUAUAUAUAUAUAUAUAUAUAUAUAUAUAUAUAUAUAUAUAUAUAUAUAUAUAUAUAUAUAUAUAUAUAUAUAUAUAUAUAUAUUGCCCUUUUCAUUGUAAUAAUAAAACACAAGUAGCCUUGCCUAUGUUCAGUAUUCAUCAUGUCCAGUUUCAGUUAUAUUUAUUUUCAUAUAUGAACUUUUUACAUUUUAUAUGCACAAGCUGUCCUUCAUGUGCUGAGUAUGUUGAAAAAUUGAAUUGAACAUCUUCAAAUUAGACUUCUUGAACUGAGCUGCCUUUGCUUGUUGCACUCUAAAACAUCAAAAUAUUUAUUUGGAUAUAUAACACAUGCUGGUUUGAUAUCUUCAGUGUUGUUUUAACUCAUCUCAAGAGGCUAGUCAAAAUUAUGUGUACAACUGAAGAAAUAAUCUUGUGUAGGUUGUAAGAAUAUGCUAAUUUUGUAAUAAAUAUUAUUUAUGAGAGUACAUACAUUUUGACAUUGCCAUCAGCCCAAAAAAGGUCAGGGGUAUGGACAAAAAACUGUCAUGACAAGAGUUUCUUAGUCAAAGACAAAGAUGCACUGUUAUUAAAAUGACUCUUGUAAUGGUUAUCACUUUAGUAGGAGCAACCCAGUCCUUGGCUUAUAUUAAAUUCAUCUUACAAUAUUACUGCUAUUAUAAAAAUUCUCUUGAUCUCUAGAGGAAAAAAUUUGUGUAUCAACUGGAAACUGUGUCUUAUAAAUAUGUAAGAUAGGGUGUAAGGUCUCCUGCUAGACUUUCAUAAUAACCACUGUCCCAGUCCUUAGAGCAGAUCAUAGUGGAAAGAAAAAUAAUGCACUGCAGCAAAGCUAUGCAAUAUUUUUUUCAAACUACAAUCUUAUUUCAAAUUUGCCUACCUUACACUCUUUCUUCUUAGGGAAUAAUUAGAUAUGUUUCCAAUCAUCACAUGGAAACCCAGGAUUAUGGGGUUCACUGUAACUAGACAGCUUCAAAGCACAAGCUCACAAGCUUACCAUUGACAUUUACUUGUGACUCACUACCCUAAGUGACUGGCUAACAAGAGAACAAUUAUGAAAGCUUAGCCAAUGACAGAUGACCAAACUGUAGAGAGAGUGAGUGUUCAUAGACUGUACACAGGCUUUGCCAGUUUAGCACCUGUAACCUCCUGGACGUGUUGACUGUGUGAUGAUUUACUGUAUGUCUAUCAUGGGAAAUCAAUAACAGAAACCAAAGGAUAAGAUCAUUAAUAACAUUAGGAAAUUAUUGUGAUGUGACUGCGUUGUGUGCCAUACUGACGUCUGUUCUGCCAGUCAGUUCUUAAUAAAAGGGUUGAUAA